UUUUGGCACUGUGUAACUUUGGAGCGGGAGCCACGAAAGUGUUGAGAAACGGAGAAGUUCUAUGGAAUGAUAAUACGUCACAGCCUACGUUAACAGGGCUAGUCCUUCCAUACUUGAUCCGUAUUAAGUGUAUUUCAAACCGUGGAUUCUCCAUUUCUCUCCCAUAAAAGAAGUUUAAAAAAAUCUAAGACUGCGUGGAAUAUUAAGCGGGGCGUAUUUUAGUAUCGUAUGAGCAUAAUUAGGCGCUUGGGUAGAUCACCAGUGAAAUUUGUGAUGGCGGAAGAAUUGAGGACGGCUGCCGCUGCUACUGCCACCGCAACUGCUGCUGCAACGCCUGCUGAAACGACGACUUCGGCUGGUGGUAAGAAGUGGACGUGGCCUUCUCUCCUCCGUUGGAUUCCUACCUCCACCGAUCAUAUCAUCGCCUCUGAGAAACGCCUCCUCUCAUUAGUCAAGACUCCAUAUGUGGUAGAACAAGUGAAUAUAGGUUCCGGUCCGCCUGGUUCUAAGAUUAGGUGGUUUCGAUCUGCAAGUGACGAACCCAGGUUUAUAAAUACCGUUACUUUUGACAACAAAGAUGAAAACGCCCCUACAAUGGUUAUGGUUCAUGGGUAUGCUGCUUCUCAAGGUUUCUUCUUCCGGAAUUUUGAUGCCCUGGCCCGUCGAUUUAGGGUCAUUGCUAUUGAUCAGCUUGGUUGGGGUGGAUCAAGCAGGCCGGACUUUACGUGCAAAAGCACUGAAGAAACUGAAGCAUGGUUCAUUGACUCUUUAGAGGCAUGGCGUAAAGCCAAGAAUCUUAGUAGCUUCAUUCUUCUUGGGCAUUCCUUUGGGGGUUAUGUUGCUGCUAAAUAUGCUCUCAAGCAUCCUGAGCAUGUUCAGCACUUGAUUUUGGUUGGAUCGGCGGGAUUUUCUGCAGAAACAGAUAUGUCAGAGCGUCUGACCCAGUUUAGAUCAACGUGGAAAGGAGCUGUCUUGAACCAUCUUUGGGAAUCCAAUUUUACUCCUCAGAAGAUUGUGAGAGGGUUAGGUCCAUGGGGUCCUAAUUUGGUUCAUAAAUAUACAAGUGCCAGGUUUGGUUCAUAUGCAACUGGCCAGUUGUUGGACGAAGAAGAAUCAAAAUUGUUGACAGACUAUAUAUACCACACACUAGCAGCAAAAGGCAGUGGAGAACUGUGCCUAAAAUACAUAUUCUCAUUUGGAGCAUUUGCUCGGAAACCGCUUCUACACAGCGCAUCAGAAUGGAAAGUGCCAACUACUUUUAUCUAUGGCUACCAAGAUUGGAUGAGCUACCAAGGGGCCCAAGAAGCCCGUAAGAAUAUGAAAGUCCCAUGUGAAAUCAUUAGGGUUCCUGAGGGUGGACAUUUUGUUUUCAUUGACAACCCAAGCGGUUUCCAUUCUGCUGUUUUCCAUGCUUGUCGCAGAUUUCUUUCAUCGGAUCCUGAUAGUGAAUCCUUUCCAGAAGGCCUAACUUCUGCUUAAUUUUAAACUGUAUGUUGUAACUUUAUUUUUGUGUAUAACAAGUAGUGAUUUACUACCACGUCAUUUGUUUACUCGUAAAAUUUAUUUGGAUCUGAUACUUAGGGAUGCCAUAGAUUAGAGAGUAGAAACAUUUUUGUUUUUGUUGCUCCCUUACAAAUUUACAAUCUUACACUUCUCUUUUGGGGGAUCUCUCAUUUUAUUUGUGAAUAUUGGUGAAUAAAGCUAAGCAUGGUUUACUUA